GGCAGAGUGUGAGGGUGGUGAGACGGAGGAAUACUGACAUACAAAGAUUGACAGAGAAAAAUUUAAAAAUUAUAAAGAAAGCCAAAUUGUUUUACAAAUUCAACAAGGAAAGAGCACAUGCGCUUUCUUUACAGACGACACAGAAUGGAAAAGGCUCAGGAGUUGAAAAAUAAUGUGAAAAGAAAGGAAAUUCGGUAUAAAGUAACGUCUACGAAAAGUAAUGGACGGUUAGAGAAGAAAGGCGUUGAAAGUAACAUUACGAAGAGGAAUACUGAAAGCGUUUGUGAUAGAAAUAGAAAUAACAACAGCAAGAGUAGUAGUAGUAAAACUACUAAAAGAAGAGGUGACUCUAAUGGCCAUGAUGUUGGUGGUUGUAGUGGAGAUAAACGACAUCAAGGUUCCUUUAAACGCCAUAUGAAGGUAUGCAUUAUGGCAACUGUGCUUAUUAGUUCUGGCCUCUUACUCGGCUUUACAAGCGCCUUCUUGUGGGGUUAUAACAAAGUAAUUAACCAAGAGUUCUAUGAACAAGCUGGGCACCUUUAUCAACACAAACAACAUCACCGACAACACACACAACCUCCAGGUUCAGAUUGCCCUCAACAGAAAUAUGACAGUUAUGCCAAUAACGGAUAUCAACAACAGGAUGUUCUCCAAAACCAACAGCAGAUGUCCCAGUCUCAAAAACAGAAUCUACUUGAAAAGGAUUCUGCAUCACUGAAUUUUGCAGACAACCAGAAUAUGUCUCCCAUCAAAGAAAAUAGUAAUAUUAAAAACGUAAAGGAUUCACAGGACAACAGUUUUGACAUCCCUAAAACAACCAGCAAUCACCCUCAGAAAAAUCUGCCAUCCAAAAGAAGUGUCGAAGAAAAACCCUCUGAAAACAGAUCACAAGAAAAUAAACUAAAGUCAGAGCUUAACAAAAACACAAAAACCGAAACAUUGCCAAAAAAGGAAGAUAAAACUAAAUCGAGCUCUUUACCUAAAGAUUCCACAAGUCCCUUACAAAACACGCUCUCUGAUGAACCAAUGACGUUAGACGUAACCAGCGGAUCGAACAUUAUUUUCAACAUGUCAACUAAUGUGGACGAACCAGAAAAAUCAACAACUCUUGAACAUCAAAGGAAAAGUGGAACAACGAGUGAAUCGAAGAAGAACAAAAAACAAACAAAACCUGAAACUAAAAAGAAAACCAAAAAAACUGAAUCGGAAAAGUCUAAGAAUUCUGUAGAUGAAGAUUUGCCGCCAGAAGUGAAAAAUUUUAAGAGUACAAUUCAAGACGGAAUCUUACCAAAGAAAAUCUUUGCUGGCGGUCGACGAAUACCUCCAAUCCAUUUAUUGCCACAGAAACCGAACAACAGCAGCGUCAAUGUCUACAUGUUUGAAGAAUUUCUCUCUGACGCCGAAUGUGAUGGCUUGAAGCGUGCCCAUGAAAAGUACGUUGAUAUGGGUUCCAAGAAGGACCCAAUUUUAUGUUUUGAUGGAAUUCAGAAACUUCGAGAACAUUUGAUUCAUGUUGGAAAGGGUCAUAUCAAUGUCUCUCCAUUGGAUUUUACCGAAGGAACGAUGUGUGUAAACAAGACGUUUUCAACGAAACUGAAAUCGUGGUUGAAGUCGCGUUGGAAUUAUAAUACGGCAUUUUACCCUGGGGAGAGUCGUUUUUCGAAAGCGCUCGAGAAGAGAAUUGAACAAGCAAUGGGACUUCGUCCAGGGAACGGUGGAAAGUUCCAGAUUACUUCUUAUCCAAAUGGAAUCGGCUGCUACAAACACACAGACUGUCAAGAACGUAACGAUGAUCAACGAGACAAAGUUGCUACGGUUCUGAUUUAUUUGGAAACUGUAACUGAAGGUGGCGAGACAAUAUUUCCAGAACUAGGAAUAUGGGUGCGUCCCCGGAAAGGAAGGGCUCUGCUAUGGAACAACAUGAACAAAAGGGGCCAAUGUGAGUCUUUAUCACAACAUUUGGCUGAUCCUGUCAAAACUGGGAAUAAAUAUAUUCUCCAAAGAUGGUAUUACUACGAGAGUUUCUACUCAUUGGGGAAACGACCUCCCAAGCCACAUCUACCAAUCCGUGACGAGGAUCAACCCCGAGUGACUUGUGACGAGUCUGAGAGUGGAAGUUGUCAUUGGUAUGAUGACUGGAAUUAUGAUCACCUUCUGCAGUAUCGAUCUAUCGGUAAAAGAUUACUCAUUUAACAGCAACAAAGAUGACGAUCAUCCUUAAUGUUGGUACAGGGCAGCUAAAAAAUGGAGAGAGAAAGAGGGAAGGGGAGAGAGAUGGGGAAGGGGGAAGGAGAAGGAGAGAGACAAUUCAAUCGAUUUUAAUUUAUUGAUAUUUUAUUUUAUGAACACCGAGUGAUUGGAGAGUAAAAUUGACUUCACAACGAUUCGAACUUGAAACUAAAGGGACGGAACUAAAUACUACAAAGUAUUUAGUUCGGUUUCUUGUACCAUUUCUGGCAACCACCAAACUACUACUACUACUACUACUAUUACAUCAGGUUUUUUUUUGUGUUUACUUCAGUCACACUGUAUCCCACUCCCCAAAACACACACUUUACAACAUGCAUACAUCCAUCCAUCCAUAGAUACAUACAUACAUACAUACAUACAUACAUACAUACAUACAUACAUGCACGCAUGCAUGAUCUGGAUAAGCUAGGGUCCUCAGAAAAAGAAAUCAACUAACUCACACAUUACAAAUACAAUCUGUAAGUGGAACAAUAAAAAUAUGCAAGACUUUUCUCAAGUUUAAAAUGUGACAUUAUUCUUAUUACCUUCUUUCCAACGAUGGAGCUUUGCAUUUUUGUUAGAAACCAGCUCCUUUCUCAGAGGAAAAUUUUGACACCAAUUAAUAAAUAUUAAAGUUUAA